GCAAGAGCAGAUUCGUUUUCCCCAGAGAUUUCUUUCCUAAAGCCCUAAAGUUUCGAUUUUGAUUUUGAAAGAAUCGAAUUUUUGGAUGUCUCCUGCGGCGGUGGAGAUUGGGUCUCCGGUUGAAAAAGUCUCUUCUUUUCUAAACCCUACGGAAGAUUUCUCUGCAUUUUUCCCGGAGAGUGUUCACUCUCACGAUCAACGAACUAUGGACCCUUCGUUCUCCUUCGGAUUUGGAGCUGGUUCAGGACAAACGACGAAGACUCGGCAAAAGCCGAGGCUGGCGAAAUUGAGGAAGAAUGGAAGAGAGGUGAAAAGACCCUCUUUUUCCGGCGCGAUCCUCUCAGGUUUCAACCCUUUUGCGCCGCCAACUAAAGGUAGUCUUCAUAUGAACAGUGUGAAUGAUAGAGCUGCUGGCCAAUCACCUGGGGAUAAAUUUUUUGUCUUUGGAGCUAGUGAGAACAGUUCUGGUGCAAAAGCUAGUCCAGGUAAUGCCACAAUAGCUUCUUUGUCUGAUGAAGAUGAGUUUAGUACACCUAUAGGAGACUCUGAGUUGGAUUCGGAAUCCAUUAAAGAACAUUCACAUGGAGUUAUGGGAAAGGUGGAUAAUGAUCGGGAAAACAUCAGACCGUGUAGUGAGAGCACAACUUGUGAUGCGACAAAUGGAGUUAGGUUUGAUCGUGGUGUAAACGGAAGCUGGAAAAGUGUUCAGAAUCCAGAUGCUGUCAAGGAGUUUUUUCGAAGACAGGAUUGCAUGGACAAGAAAUCAGCGAGUAAAUCUUGUAGCAAGUCUAACAGUGUACAAUAUGCUGAUGGUAAAACUGUCGAUCAUAGGGAUGAUCCCGAAUUGAACCUGCUUGCUGACAUGGAGAAGCUUAAUAUCAGUGAUUCCAGAGUUCAUGGUGGCAGUGACUAUGAGGAAGCAAGAAAAUCCAGUAACACACCUGUAUUUACUUUUAGUAGCUUUGGAAAGGUUGAUCCUAAAUGUAAAGAAGGUGCGUCGACAUCAAGGCCAUACUCUUUCAGUUCCGAUGGUUUUCACCAAAGUAAUAAUGCAGCAGAUGAAAAACCCACUUUUCAUUCCAAGACCACCAACGUAAACAACUUAACAAACACUAGCUUUGGUACAAAAACAUCCUUUGAUGAUUUCAAAGUACCUGAAUGGGAUCCUUUGUUGCUUAAGAGAAGUCUAUUUCCAGAAGUAAACAGAAAUCCAGUACUUGCACGAAGUAAUCGUUCGUCCAAGGACAAGAGAUCAAAGAAAGUCUUGGAAAAAAUGAAACAGCGUAAGCAAGAUCGAUGCAACGAUCAGACUGCUGAGGGAAUUGAGGAUCACGAAAAACUCAAUUCCCCUGGAUAUUGCUCACCCAUGGAUUAUUCUCCUUAUCAAGGUGAGACAGCCAGCAAUCAACUUCCAACAGAAACUCCUCUGAGACCCUCACAUUCAAGAGAACCCUCAGCCAGGGAUUCAUUUCUCUUUACGGCAGAGGAUCAUGGGAGUAGUUGUAUGCCAAAUUUUUCUUUCUCAGCGUCCACCUCUCAGGGAACAAUACCACAUAAAAAGCUUCAAGCUGUAAAGAAAUAUAGGAGGAAAGUUAAUAACAGUGUGCCCAAAAACAAUCUUAAUACAACCAUGCGAAACAAUCAAGAAAAUCAACGUGUGAAUACAGGUCAAUCCAAACAGGACUCAGGCUCUACAUCAAUGAUGCCUGAUGUCUGUGAGGUUUGGCGACUAAGGGGAAAUCAAGCCUACAAAAAUGGUAAUAUGUGUAAAGCUGAGGAAUGUUACACACAUGGUAUUCGUUCUUCCCCGUCAAAUGAUAAUUCAGAAUACUCUGUGAAGCCUCUUGCGCUUUGCUAUGGUAACCGCGCCGCAGCACGGAUUUCUCUUGGAAGAUUGAGGGAGGCUAUAAGCGACUGUGAGAUAGCUGCCUCACUUGAUCCAAGCUACAUUAAAGCGUAUACGAGAGCUGCAAAUUGUCAUCUUGUGCUGGGGGAACUUGGAGCAGCAGUGCAGUAUUUUAAUAAAUGCAUGGAAUCCACCUCUAGUGUCUGCUUGGAUCGACGAACUACUAUAGAAGCAGCUGAAGGUUUACAACGGGCUCAAAGGGUAGCUGACUUUACCAACUGCGCAUCCACUUUUUUGGAAAAGAGAACACCCGAUGGCGCAUCUGACGCAUUGGUUCCAAUUGCCAAUGCCUUAACAAUUAGUUCAUGCUCAGAUAAAUUGCUUCAAAUGAAGGCCGAGGCCCUAUUUAUGAUCCGACGAUAUAAAGAAGUGAUCGAGCUGUGUGAGACUACCCUUCAGACGGCUGAGAGGAAUUUGAUUUCAGCAGGGAUUAGUGGGACGACAAAUGUUGAUGGAUUAGGGUCUACAUAUCACUCGCUAAUAGUUUGGAGAUGGAACAUGAUUUCCAAGUCGCACUUCUACUUGGGAAACCUUGAGAAGGCCCUUGAUAUAUUAGAAAAGUUACAGCAAGUGGGAUAUACCUGCAAUGAGAAUCAGGAAGAGUGUCGUGAGUCACCAGCUUCUUUAGUAGCCACCAUUUCUGAACUCUUACGUUAUAAGAACGCAGGUAAUGAAGCUGUUCGGGACAGAAAGUAUAUGGAAGCAGUAGAGCAGUAUACUGCUGCACUAUCAAGAAAUGUUGACUCACGCCCGUUUGCAGCAAUUUGCUUUUGCAAUCGUGCGGCUGCUAAUCAGGCCCUAGUCCAAAUUGCCGAUGCAAUUGCCGACUGUAGUCUUGCCAUGGCUCUUGAUGAAAACUACACAAAGGCAGUUUCCAGGAGAGCCACAUUACAUGAGAUGAUCAGAGAUUAUGAUCAAGCAGCUAGUGAUCUCCAGAGGCUUAUCAGCAUUCUCGUAAAGCAAAGUGAUAAGACAAAAACGCCAGAGACAUCUGCUGAUCGUGCAAGCAGCAGGAAAGAACUAAAGCAGGCCCGUCAACGGUUGUCUGUGAUGGAAGAAAAAUCUAAAGAGGGCAUUCCUCUGGAUUUCUUCCUCAUCAUGGGAGUGAAGACAUCUGACUCUGCUGCUGAUAUCAAAAAGGCAUACCGCAAAGCAGCUCUUAGACAUCACCCAGACAAGGCUGCACAGAUCCUUGUCAGAAGCGAAAGUGAAGGACCGUGGUUGAAGGAAAUAUUAGAAGAGGUUCACAAGGGUGCAGAUAGGCUCUUCAAAAUGAUUGGAGAGGCAUAUUCAGUUCUUUCUGACCCAAUUAAGAGGUCGGACUAUGAACUUGAUGAAGAGAUUAGAAAAGCCAGGGCAUCUAGAGAAAGCUACAGAAGAAAGGCUGCAGAAGCAAGUAGCCCUCCAUAUCAGACAAGCAGGCGACAUUGGAAGGACAGCGGGAGGACAAACCGAAACACGCCUUCUUGGUGGUGCUCUCUCUCGCUUCGAUUUCUCUCUCGACUCCUUCUCCUGUUUAAAUUUGCUUUAAAGACGAUGCAACAAGGUCAGGAGAAGAAGCAUGGUGAUGAAAAUGAUGGGCAUGUUCCAUAUGUACCUUCUGGUGACAGAAUUAUGGAGGCUAUGCGGGAUCCUGUUAAAUCUCUUUUGAUGUUGCAGGUUGAUCUUAAGGCUGAGGCAGAGAAGACUGAUGGUGGUGUUGGAACUGGUAACCAGAAUAAGAAUUUGAAGACUUUGACAAAGGAGAUGCUCUAUAUGAGGCUCGGGUUGUAUUGUUAUUAAGAUUUUUGAAGUUUAUGUUUGGUAAUGAUGUUGGCUCUUCGUUAAUUGUCAUAACAUAUGUUUUGGUUCUUAUAAAAAAAUCAAUUUCAU